UCACAUCCGCCUGAAUCUUGCUCCGUCGUCGUCACUAUAAUACCGGUGCCCGUUGACCGGAACUCGAAUUCACUUCGUCGUCACUAUUCGAUUCCGAUAUACUAAUUGCCGAACGGCUCUCGGUGGACUGAACGCUCGACCUUAUUGGUGCUGCCUGUUUGGAUCUCCGCCAUCAAUGGUGUUCUUUACCCUCGUCUUGUUGCCUUUCCUCCUCCUCCUCCUCUACUUCAUUGUGCGGCCGAGGCCGGUCAAGAUCCCGAUCAAGAAUCGUCACGUGUUCAUCACGGGAGGGUCGAGUGGAAUCGGGCUGGCACUGGCCCAUCAGGCUGCCUCCGAGGGGGCCCGGGUAUCCCUCCUGGCUCGUUCCCUCGACAAGCUAAAGGAGGCCAAGCAAUCCAUUCGACUCUCCUCCGGGGUUGACGCCUCGAUCUUUUCCGCCGAUGUCCGCGACUUCGAAGCCGUUCAGCGAGCGAUCAACGAUGCCGGACCCAUUGAUAUUCUGGUCGUUAAUCAAGGUAUCUUUGUUCCUCAGGAACUGGAGAAGCAGGAACUGGAUGAGAUCAAGUUCACGAUAGACAUCAAUCUGAUGGGGAGCUUUAACGUAAUCAAAGCAGCUUUGCCAUUAAUGAAGAAUAGGAAGGACCAGGGACCCGCCUCCAUUGCUCUCAUGUCGUCUCAGGCUGGUCAGGUGGGCAUAUAUGGUUACACGGCUUACUCUGCAAGUAAGUUUGGCCUCCGGGGUUUAGCAGAAGCAUUGCAACAGGAAGUCAUUGCUGAUAACAUCCAUGUGUCUAUGAUAUUCCCUCCGGAUACUGAAACUCCUGGUCUAGAGCAAGAAAACAAGAGAAGGCCAGAGAUCACCAAGAUCCUAGCAGGUUCCUCUGGUUCGAUGAAAGCUGAUCAAGUUGCCAAAAAGACUUUAGAUGGCAUAAAAUCUGGUAGUUUUGUCAUUCCUUGCAACUUUGAGGGCCACAUGCUAUCUAUAGCCACUGCUGGCUUAUCCCCUCAAAGAUCAUUCUUGACGGCAUUUCUUGAGGUGGUAUUUGCUGGUAUAGCACGCCUUAUAGCUCUAUGCUUCCAGUGGAAUUGGUAUGGGAGUAUAGAAAAAUGGCAUGCACAAAGAAAAAGUACCUAGAGAUCACGGUGUUUGGUAUUGGUUUCCAUUUCCCAAUCGUCCUAGUUCCAAGCCUUCCAAGGUCUCUUGGAGAUCAUUUCCUCUUAAAUGACAGUUUCAGCAGCACUCAUUCAGGAACUGAAGCUCUCCAUGCCUCUCCAUUCUUGCAAUGUUUUGGAACUCCAGCCAUGCUAUGUCAGCUUUACAGAUCGGAUUCAUGUUUUAACGUCCCACUUUCAAAUAAUGUAUUGGCAUGUAACUCAGCGUAUUGAGAUUGCAUCUGCAGCAGACGAAAACUCUAGACUCUAGUUUUCCUUGAUGUUAGAUCUUCGUUUCUUUAUUUAAGUCCUAGAAUAAGCACAACUAGUUGUC